AUGGGCCUUUGCUGUAGCGGGCUUCGCGCACGGCCCGCUCUUUGCGGACCUGGCGGACUUCGUCGCUCGGCACGCCAGCGUCUUCGAGGCGCAGUACUUGUCGACCUGCGCCUGGGCUUUCGCGACACUGAACUUUCGCCACGACUCGGUCUGGCACGCUCUGGCCAGAGAAUGAAGGGGGGCCGGCUGUGGCGCUACCGCCCGGAUCAGCUCUGCAUCAUCUGGGCCUUUACGAAGGUUCGCUGGGACGACCCCGAGCUGCUGAGGGACAUGAUGCAAGUGUCCUCCCAACGGCUCACGGAGUUUGACACCCAAGGCAUCAUCAACUUCCUAUCGGCGGUGGUGGUGAUGAGCGAAGAAGGCUCCGAGGCACACUCCGAGGAUGCCCUGAGGCUUGUUGACAGCAUCAUGCUGGAGCUGAUGCAGAAAGAGCUGGACCCGGAGGAGCUCGAGGCGGCCUGCCGCUGGGCCUGCCGCGCCGGCCGGCUGGAGCCCGCCUGCCAGCUGCGCAGGCCGGGGUCUGAAGCGCUCGGGGUCAUCUUGGCGGAGGAGAGGUCCGGCGAAAUGACUGAGUAUUGGCAGAGGCUGGCAGAGAUGGCUCCGCACAAGCUGGCUGCGAGCCCGCCAGAGGUGCAGCGUCUACUGAGCCCGCCGCCUCGCUUGCUGCUGGUCGUGGGUUCGAUGUUGCCAGCGCCAGAUCUGGCGGCGACCACCAUUUUCCUCACGAAGAGCGCGGCGGCAGCCGCGGCCUUGCGUGACCGCGGCUUCGCGGCGGAGCUGCGGGCAGAGGUCUUGCAACGUGGCGCCCACGCGGUGGACGCCGUCUAUCUUCAGGGAGGUGGGGAGGCGGCCUUUGAGGACUUGAAGAAGCUCGAGGAGUUGCAGCUGCUUUGCCCAGGCUGCCGCGUGGUGGCGGACUGCGCGCUGCUGCCGGGCGCGCCGGGCCUCUUGUGGCGCAUGCAGCGAAACCUGGAACUCAUCGAGGUGCAGGAGCCAGGUUUUCCUCCUGGAGAG